AUGGCUACCCCGAAGCGGUUACCAGCGCAGGCCGCGCAGGCCGCCCGAAACUUCGCGACAGUACGAACCUAUGGCGGACUCAAGGACCAGGACCGUAUUUUCCAGAAUCUGUACGGCCGUCUGCCCCCGUCUCUGGCCUCGGCGAAGAAGAUGGGCGAUUGGCACAAGACGAAGGAGAUCAUUCUCAAGGGCCACGACUGGAUCAUCAGCGAGGUCAAGGCCUCUGGUCUGAGAGGACGUGGAGGCGCUGGCUUCCCCUCCGGAUUGAAAUGGUCAUUCAUGAACUUCAAGGACUGGGACAAGGACAACAAGCCGAGAUAUCUGGUCGUCAACGCCGAUGAGGGUGAACCCGGAACGUGCAAGGACCGCGAGAUCAUGCGAAAGGACCCCCACAAGCUCAUCGAGGGAUGCCUCGUCGCCGGCAGAGCCAUGAACGCCACCGCCGCCUACAUCUACAUCCGCGGAGAGUUCGUGCACGAGGCUGCUGUCCUCCAGAACGCCAUCAACGAGGCCUACGCCGACGGUCUGAUCGGAAAGAAUGCCUGCGGCUCCGGCUACGACUUUGAUGUCUUCAUCCACCGCGGAGCCGGUGCUUACGUCUGCGGAGAGGAGACCUCCCUUAUCGAGUCCCUCGAGGGCAAGCCCGGAAAGCCCCGUCUUAAGCCUCCCUUCCCCGCCGCCGUCGGUCUCUUCGGCUGCCCCUCCACCGUCGCCAACGUCGAGACCAUCGCCGUCGCCCCUACCAUCUGCAGACGUGGUGGCAGCUGGUUCGCAGGCUUCGGCCGCGAGCGUAACCAGGGCACCAAGCUUUUCUGCAUUUCCGGCCACGUCAACAACCCUGUCACCGUCGAGGAGGAGAUGUCGAUACCCCUGCGAGAACUUAUCGACAAGCACUGCGGCGGUGUCCGCGGCGGCUGGGACAACCUCUUGGCCGUCAUCCCCGGCGGUUCUUCCACCCCUAUCCUCCCUAAGACUAUCUGCGACAACCAGCUCAUGGACUUUGACGCCCUGAAGGACAGCCAGUCCGGUCUCGGUACUGCCGCCGUCAUUGUCAUGGACAAGAGCACCGACGUCGUCCGCGCCAUCAGCCGUCUUUCCCACUUCUACGCCCACGAGUCCUGCGGCCAGUGCACGCCCUGCAGAGAGGGCAGCAAGUGGACCGACCAGAUCAUGAAGCGCUUCGAGAAGGGCCGCGGCCGGCCGCGCGAGAUCGACAUGCUCCAGGAGCUUACCAAGCAGGUCGAGGGCCACACCAUUUGCGCUCUCGGCGAGGCUUUCGCCUGGCCUCUUCAGGGUCUCAUCAGGCAUUUCCGCCCCGAGCUCGAGAAGAGGAUGGAGGAGUUUGCCCAGCAGAACGGCGGCGCCAACGCGCUGGCCGGCGGCUGGGACCCCGAUGCCCGGGCCCAGGGCAAGUUGGUUGCGCCGGGACAGUAA